AUGAGUCGCAGAAAUAAUAAAUUGCCAUGUGAGACUCCAGUGUCGUCAAGAUGUCAAGAGCAGACAUCAAUGCAAGAGGUGUUAAAAGCCAUACAAGCUCUACAACAAACGGUGAAUGAAGUUCGAGCUGAAACAGUUUCGAAUUGGGAAGGCAUAAGUAAGAUAGAUCAAGAUGAAGGCGAACGGUGCACUGCUAAAGUCGUAUGUUCAGGAGGCGAAGGCAUCCGACUUUAUGAUUUGCCAAAAUUCAACGGUAACGCCGAACAGUGGCCACUUUUUCGUGCUAGUUUUGAGGACACCACCAAAACGUUUAAGUAUACCAACAGACAUAAUUUAAUGCGCCUACAGAAAUGCCUAAUGGAUGAAGCCAAGGAUGUCGUUCAGUCACUGUUAAUAUACCUAUCAAAUGUGCCUGCAGUUAUGGGAGAACUUGAAUUUCGUUUUGGCCGCCCAGAUUUACUAAUACGGUCCCAGUUGGACAACAUUCAACAGUUCGAGAGAGUGACGGAGAGGAACGUUGAUAGUUUAAUUGCCUUAUCCUCUCUUGUCCGAAAUGUUGUAGCCUUUUUGUCAUCAGCCAAGUGUGAGCAACACUUGAACAACCCAAUAUUAUUAGAACAACUAGUGUAUAAGCUGCCGCCUAAUAAACAAUUCGAGUGGGCGCGUCACGCUGUAAUUCUGAAGGAAUGUCCCACAAUAAAACAAUUUAAUGUUUGGUUGAGUGAGAUGGCGCAAAUAAUUUGCCUUUUGCCACAGCCAUUGUGUCAAUCAAAAACCGAAAAGCCUAAAAUUACAAUGCCAGCUACUCAAAAUUAUACGCGCCGAGUUAUGUAUGCACAAAACCAUGAGAUGGAACAAGAAAAUCACCUAGAAGUUAAGUGUUUUGAAUGUGCAGGCCAACAUCUAAUAGUUACAUGUGAAGCGUUUUUGAGUAAAAAUGUUCAGCAGCGUUGGGUAAAGGUGAAGCAGCUUCGUUUGUGUUUUUCAUGUUUGAGGAAAGUACACAAUGUCAUACAGUGCCGAAUGAAAAGAUUCUGCGGUAUAAACGGUUGCCGUAAAAAUCAUAAUAGAUUGCUUUAUGAGUCCCAACAAGUGCCGCCUACGUCUGGAUCAGUUCAACAGGUUUUGAGUUGUGCCAAGCCAUGA